CGCUCCUUCAGCGCUUAGUGUAGCUCCACUUAGCUCAUGUCUUUUAAAGACGCAGAUUCCGAAGACUGAAAGAAAGUAAAGACUAAACACAUUGUACAGUGUAUCUUUCUUGUAAUGUGUAUUUUUCGUCUUAAGGUUCUAAUCUACAGUAACUUUUGGAAAAAAGCAUCAUUCCAUCAUUCCAGGCUUUCAGUUUCACCUGUGCGGUACGGUGUCAGCUGCAGUUCCUUAAAGAGUCCUGGAAGAAUGAGUAUGUCUACAUUGCGUUUUGGACAGCAUGUUGUCAAGGCUUCUGUGGUGUUUCUUCAAAGUGAAUUGUCCUUCGCUCUGGUGAAUAGGAAACCAGUGGUCCCUGGACAUGUGCUCAUCUGCCCUCUCAGACCAGUGGAGCGUUUUCGGGACCUUCAUCCUGAGGAGGUGGCAGACUUGUUCAGGAUGACACAGAGAGUGGCAAAUGUGGUGGAGAAACACUUUCAGGGUACCUCACUGACAAUUUCCAUCCAGGAUGGCCCUGAAGCUGGACAAACUGUGAAGCAUGUGCAUGUCCACAUUCUUCCAAGAAAGGCUGGUGACUUUGAGAAAAAUGACAAUGUCUAUGAUGAGCUCCAAAAGCAUGACAAGGAAGAUGAAGACACUCCUCUUAAAUGGAGAUCAGAGGAGGAAAUGAUCUCUGAAGCUGCUGAUCUAAAGAAAUACUUCAUUUAGAACUGCCAGAUACUUAAAGAUCAGGCUUGAAAGAACAAGAAGAAGUGAUCCUUUGCAGACCCUGCUGCCUCAUGAGGGCUUCUUCAAGACAGGCUUGACUUGUGUAGAGAUAAUGCUGGUGAGAAGUGAGAAGACUCUGAUCAUAAUAUCCACUACACCCCCAGGACUGAAAAAUGGAAGAGGGAAGGACACAAAGCACAGCAGAAAUGUAAACACAGAACUGGUGAAACUGGGAAAGAGAAAACUGUUUGGCCUAACAAUAUGAAAAUUCUUUUGCAUUUUAAUCGAUUUGUUUCUUUCAAAAGAAAAUUGUUAAACAUUAUGUGAAAAGGCAGAUAAAGGUCAUCAUAUUUUUGUUUUUAUAGAAAAUAAAUCUUAUUUAGGCAUGCCUGCAGCAUGCUUUCCUAACAUUGUCAGUUGUUCUCUGUAUUGCAAAUAUAUUUGUUUGCAGGAUUUUGUAUCAGAAACAAGUAAUGCUUAGCAAUUUCAGGACAAUAACAAGACAUCCUGCUGAUGAGGUAAUAACACCAAAGGUUAAAAAUGAGAAGGGGUAAUUUUGUUGUAGCUUGUUUGAUUGCUUGUAGUGUAUUGAUCAAAGGAGCUCAUCUGGCUGUUUCAGUAAUGUAGUUGGGCAGUUGGUCCCAGACCCCACCAGUUCUUAGUUCCCACUUGUGUUCUUGUUUCUAUGGUGGUCCUACAAGUUGAUUGGGUCACUUUUGUACAACUUGUCAGAUGAGGUAAAGAGUUCACAUGCAUUAGCAGCUCAAAAAAGAAGUAGCAUGAAGUUCUUUGAUAUUUUGUUACAAUAAAAUGAUGCCUCUCUGCUG